CUUGGGGGAACCAUGAGGGAGUAUAAAGUGGUGGUCCUCGGCUCCGGAGGGGUGGGGAAAUCCGCCUUGACGGUCCAGUUCGUGACAGGAUCCUUCAUCGAGAAGUACGACCCCACAAUAGAGGAUUUUUACCGGAAGGAAAUCGAGGUGGACUCAUCUCCGUCCGUGCUGGAGAUCCUGGACACGGCGGGCACUGAGCAGUUCGCCUCUAUGCGAGACUUGUACAUUAAAAACGGGCAGGGUUUCAUUCUGGUCUACAGCCUGGUCAACCAGCAGAGCUUUCAGGACAUCAAGCCCAUGCGGGACCAGAUCAUUCGGGUCAAACGGUACGAGAGGGUGCCCAUGAUUUUGGUGGGGAACAAAGUGGACCUGGAGGGGGAACGGGAGGUGUCGUCCGGCGAAGGGAAGGCGCUGGCGGACGAAUGGAACUGUCCCUUCAUGGAGACGUCGGCCAAGAACAAGACCUCAGUGGACGAGCUGUUUGCUGAGAUAGUCCGCCAGAUGAACUACGCGUCCACACCGAAUGGCGACGACCAGUGUUGUUCCUCUUGUGUCAUACUGUAAGGAAAGUUCUACACCUUCCUCGCUUUUGCAAUGUGUGUUGCAGCAAGUGUGUCUUCUUGGCGUCUCAGCCUGGCCUCGGAGGAAAAUGAAGAGGAAUGCUGCAGAAGGACAAGAGGAGGAGGAGGAGGGGUGGAGUAACUGAGGCAGAGGGGAGGGGUCCACUCUUGAGGAAUUCUGCUGGGUCGGAGAAUCUGUCCUGCGUGGUCAGUGUCCACAAUUGAGGUCUGAUCCGAAGUCGGAGCCUCCCACCCACGACUUCCAGCCCCACACCGAAAUGUUUCCCCAUGGAAACAAUACAGAGAACAUUGAAAGAUGCUCUCAAAGGAUAUUCUGUAAAGUAUAUUUUGUUAAAUAACUGCACAGUCGCUCCUGGAUGGGUACCACCUUAUGCUUUUUUUUUUUUUUUUUUUUUUUUGGUGGAGGAAUAAUGUGACAAUCUCCUUGUUGGGUGUGCGAGGAGACUUUAGCUGACUUGACGUGGGGGGGGAUGACCGCCUUGCGUCCAGUGCCUUUUUUUCCCCCACCCAACACACUUUAGCUGUUUCCGUUUAGUGCCAACCCUCCAAAACAAAAACCUCAGCGUGGUAAAUCCACUCCUCUCUGGAUAAUCAGUGGCAUAGGGGCCGAUCCUGAUUUUAAAGACUGCAGGUGUUCUGUUCACGGAAUGGUGCUUCUCGUCUCUUCUACGUUUGGUUCUUUUAUUUUUAUAGUCAUUCAUUAUAGCGUUCAUGCUGCAGUGUCCGCCUGGCCAAACCUUUAAGUCUUGAAACGCACAGGUACUGGAACCUUAAUAACGACGACGGCGCCGAACGCUUCCAGACCUCUUCAAUCAAUGUUUUGUUUCACAAGACAAGUGAUGAUGGUGAUGUACAUGAUGUUGACAAAUCUAAUCUUGAUUGUACGUUUAAUUUCAGGCCAGCCUUUUAACUGUGGGUGGUCUGUUUUAAAGAAAACAACUUUUAAUACAGAUGGCUUUUUUAAAGAAACAAGGCACCGGGCUGUGUUCUGUUUUUGUUCUCCAUCCAUCCAUCCAUUUUCUAUACGGCUUCAUCCUCAUUAGGGUCGCGGGGGCAUGCUGGAGCCUAUCCCAGCUGACUUCGGGCGACAGGCGGGGUACACCCUGGACUGGGCGUCUUUUUGUUCUCUUCUUUUUACAUUUUUUUUAUCAUGUCUAAAAUUCAAUAUGCAGUGGAACUUCGCUCGGUGCUCGACACUUGAACGCCUCAUCAGCGCAGGAUGCACAGUGCUUAUUAGGAGGAAGAAAGGAAACAGAUAUGGAAUUGUUCAUCGUGAAUAAACCACACACACACACACGUGCGCGUAAUAAAUAUGACAGUGUCCACAGUGUCCUCACUCUAAAAGAACCACUAUUCAUUCUUCACAGAGACUGAGUCACCAAAGCCUGGAUGCUUUGUCUGGGCACUGUUUGGCUGUACGAUAACUAAGACGAAACGGAGACAUAUUUUUUGGCAAUAAUGUUCGUUGAAAACCGGGGCUUAAAAAAAACAAGGUGGUACUAAAGAAAAAGAACAAAAGCAAAACGUACGCAAAAAAUUAUUUUUUGAUGUUUGCUGAAUUGAGCUCCUGUGAAGAUUUUCUUCACGAUUUGCUGACGUCUUCGAAAACUGUCUCAAAACGCAAGUUAAUCCUUUGAUGCUUGCUAAGAUGAAGUUUUGUGCGACUUAAAAAAAAAACUCUUGUUCAAUCUAGGGCGCGUUGGCUGAUUUUAGAGCACUGAUUCUCAAAUUGUAGGUACGAGUAGCACUGGUAGUAUGCGGACUGCAUCUAGUGGUACUCAGCGAUGCCAAAGAGUUUUUUAAAUAAGAAUAAAAUUGAAGUCAUACAGUCGUGUUUCACAAAUUAAUAAAAGUUGGCUGUGUGGUGGCAGACUUUGUUGUAAUAUUAUCCAAAACAUAUUGAAAUACAAGUGAUAUGUAGUAUUCUGGUUACUAGGUGGCAGUAAUGACACAAAACAUUGAGACAUUACUGCAUGAAGUCAGCCAUGGCAUGUCCCACAUGAGAGAGUGAAAAAAGGUUCUCCCAUCCCUUGUGGAAGUGGUAAGUUUUUGGCUUAACUUUAGAAGAAAAAUUGAAGGCUAACUGGUUAGGUUGCUAGCUAACGAGCGUCUCGAGUCCCUGCAGCAUAAGAGUUGCGCAAUGUGGUAUACACAAUGAAUAACAGGACUGUAAAGGUGACUAUAGGCCUGUCACUUCAUGGCUCUAAUAAUGUUAACAUGUAUUUAGAAAGUCAAACAGGUUUUCUUUUAACUACAAAAAUAUUCUCUUUAUUAUUGUUGAAUCCUAUGUCGCGAUCGGGUCUGGAACCAAUUAACCGCUGUAAAUGAGGGACGACUGUACACACACAAAAUAAUUGUACAAUACCAAUGGAUUUUGCUUUUGUUGAGUUGCAUGAAGGAUAGUUUUCAUGUAUUUUAGAAUGGGGUCCACUGCUGCUGCUUUACUUAUUGGCAUCACCUUUCUCCAUCUGGUUGGUACCUAACCUUAACUUACCUUGAGUUCACUUCAUAGUUUUCCACUGCCUGUGUAUACUGUAUAUGUGUGUGUAUGUACUGUAUGUGUGUGUACAUCAGUCAUGCGUGUCGGAGGAUAGCGGCGUGCUGCCUGUGAGGCUCCAAAGAUGGCUUUUUUGGCUUUGCUGCCAGCAUGGGUCCAUCGGAGCUGAUCACUGCAUCUAGCAGGUGAGGACACGAUGAAUACAUGCAGUGCACUAUGCAGUGGAACUCAAAAGUCACAUACUCAGACUUAAUGAAGACUUAAUGAAAUGUUGUUUUUGUUUUUACUGAACGUUAACAGUGAAUAACUCAUUUUUACACUCGUAUGGCAGCCAAAACGGUUCAAAAGGGUCUUAAAAUAUUGCCUGUAAUGAUAAUACCUUUUAUGAUGGUGACAGUUUGACCCUGGAACAGACUUUUUUUUCUAUUUCAAUUAUUUCCAAUGGGAAAAAUUGAACUAGGAAUUGAGGUCAUGUUUGACCUUCAAGAUUCCAUUGUGCAAAAGGAAUCAAAUGUUUAUUGCAGGACACUAUUUGCCAGUGCUUCAAACCUUCAUAAUAAUACGUAAGUGUGACAUUUGUGGCGCCCCCUAUGGAUUGUGUUCAAAAGCUCUGGAAAACAUGCUGCAAUUUGUAAAACAGAUAGUCAAUAUAUUGUAAUCAUUAGACAAAUGGUCAAUGAUCCGCCCAUUCCUCUGCAAAGGCGUUUUGCUUGAUGUCGGCCAUGUUUUUCAACCAAUCCUGCUCGGCUUUUACAGACCCGCUUUGAUACCCAAACUCCUGAUGAGCAGAGAGGGUGGCUGAACCUGGGGAGCACACAGGACUCACCUCUCAUGGUGACAUCAGCUGAUGUGCGCAGGGUUCUAAACAAAACAAACCCACGAAAAGCAGCAGGGCCAGACAACAUCUCAGGACGUGCACUUCGGGUUUGCUCAUCAGAGCUAGCUGAUGUGCUUGCUGACAUAUUUAACCUGUCGCUUGCACAAGCAUCUGUACCGACCUGCUUUAAGUCCACCACCAUAGUGCCCGUACCCAAGAAGAGCAACGUGACCUGCUUGAAUGACUAUCGCCCUAUAGCACUCACUCCUA